CAAGUUCAUGACCAAGUUUACUGCCUUUAAUUCAGUCCAGUGUCACGAUUUUACAGCGGUAACGUUAACGGAGACCUCCUUUUCGGAGCAUCGCCUAACGCAGCGUACCAAUUUUUCGAAAAGAAUUCACACAACAACCAUGUUCGCUUCUUUAUAACUUAAACCGUUUUUUUGCUCUAUACUCGAUAAUUUUAUUUGAAAUAUUUCGAAUAGGUUACCAAAAUGAAGAUCAACGUUCGUCAGUGUCUUGUGCCUCUAAUAAUUUAUACGUUAGCGAGGGAAGUUGUAUCAAAAGUGCCAACAAAAUGCGAAGGGGGCGGAGGACUGAAGUAUCUGUGGGGCGAUGCCUUAUCGGACAGCCCCGACUGUGUGGGGCCCACCAACAUGCCGUACCCCACGGCAGCGAUUGAAAGAUCGUUCAAAGGCACAAACCCAUGGUUGGGUAAUUUUAGGACGGCUAGAUCGCAGAAAACUAUCGAUCCAUUUCUGACGAGAAAGGCUCUGCUGAAUUCUUACGAAAGGAGUAGUGUAAAUGACCGCUGGUCAUCCUCAAGAGAAUCACGUGCCACAAACUUACAGUCAUCAUGCGGCUCAAGUCCGGCAAGAUUAUGUAAAACUCGGUAUAACACAACCGCUCCCAUGUACGGGGUAUCGCUAACUUCGGGUCAGCCUGUCACGAUUGUACAGAAAUUUCCAGAUCUUCUGCAACAAGUCGUUUUUGAGGUCUGUGAAAGUCCAGAAUGCGACGUAGUGCGCGGGGAAUGUACACAAACCUACGUACCCUAUUUAUUCUUGGUGAUUCCCCUAGGACCGGUCACUUUAACCGGCCAAGAUUACGUCCUUGUAGAAAGCGGAUGCGUUUGUCGGCCGAAAUCUUCAUCUCAAUCUCAUCAAGAACCUGCAAUGCCUUCAAUACCACGGCUAUAACUUGAAUUUGUGAAGAAUAUCUCAUGUAAAGCCCCAUCUACACAACGUUUUAGAGAACUGACUUGACUAAACAGUCAAGACUGACAGGUAAAACCCUAUGUGUAGACAGGGCUUAAAGUAUUAGAAAGUGAUCAGAAAGUCUUAAAAAACAAAAACGUCUAAACAAAAAAAAAAUGUAAUGUGUAUGUGGACUUUAUUUAGCCCAAGAUUUAUAACUUUGAUCACUUAACUACAAUUAAAAAUAUAAAAUAUUAUAAGAUAUAAUACUUAACAUAAGUUUUGUACAAAAAUUAUACAAAUAUUUAUUUUCUUAUAUAAAUUUAAUAAAUAUGUAUUAAGAAU